AUGGAACAGGUACAAGCUAAACAAAAUGGUCAAAUACUGCGUAGUAUGGAAGAUAUGUUGGGUAAUCUUUUAGCUAAAAAGUCUCCACUCGUCGAAGCUGAAAUGGAUUCAGAUGCGGAGAGAAUAUUUAUGAAAAGUCCAAUAUAUUCGAAUAGAAAUGCAAGUGGUAAUAAUUUAUCGAGUAAGACAGGAGGUAAUGAUGAUGAUGAUGUGAAGAAUUUUGUUUGGCAACAUAUUCAAGAUAUUGUUCCGAAUUUGGUUGAGCAAGUUGAAAGGGAUCUUCUUGAGCCAUCAUCACCACCAUCAGCAGUGCCAGCACAUUUUGAAGAAGAAGAAGCUGUUCGACUUGUUGAACCACCGCCAAUAGAUGCUGAUGAGUUUAUAAUGGAAGAAGUUAUUAGACCGAAUUUGAAGAAUUCAACUGAAGAAGAAGAACCUAAAGUUGAAAUGGAAGAAGUGCAAGUUAUGGAAGAUUUUAAGACAGAACAAGAAAGGGCACUUUUGAGAAAACAAACAGAAGAAUAUGAUUUGAUAAUGUUGAAAAAUCUCCCUCAUCAAGUAUUUAAAUCGGCAAUAGGUCCUGAAUCUUCAAGUGAAGAAGAAAGUAGUGAAGAAGAAUCAAGUGAAGAGGAAGAUAGUCAAGAAGAAAUAUCUUCUAGAGAUUCACAAACUCCUUCUACUGCAAAUAAGAAUCAAGAAUCGGUGAAGAAAAGUGCAACGAUUGUAAAUGUCAAGGCCGAUCAAAAGGCUGAGUCCCCUGAGCUUCAGGUAAAAACUGAAGAAGAAGUUUUUGCUAUGCCCAUCACUUCUUCAACCAGUGUUGAAAAUUCUGAAACACCUGAAGAUUUGCCAACAACUACAACUGAAGAUAAAGAUGAAACCAGCAAGAAAGACAAAAGUCAAGGCAACAGAGGAUAUAUUUUCCGUUUUGGUUUCAAUAGUUCAAGAAGAAACCGAAGACCUCGAACUCGUCGUUCUAUUAAGAGAGAGAAGAAAAAUGCAGAUAAUGAAAUCGAAGGAAAUGAAAGUCAUCAGUCGGAAUAUCUUGAAGCUGAAGAAAUGUCGGCUUCAGUAGAAAAUCCAGCAGAAAUACAAACUCCGACACAAGAAGAAGAUAAGUCGGGUUUAACUGAAGAAAUUCAAAGUGAAGAUCAACCUUCUACAUCUACAUCUGGGAAAGAUAUACAAGUUUCAUCUUCCCACAAUGAAAUCAUUGAAACUGAAACAAUAGUUAAGAUCAAUGAAGAACCUGAUAUAACAGAAAAGAAGACUAACAAAAAUUUGAAGAAGCGAUCAAAUAUUCCAUCAUGUACAAAGCUUAAGCAAAUAAAAAACACCGAUAUAACUCCUCAAGCAAAUCACCAAAGUGAACAUACUGUUGAAACAGAGAAUAAAGUUGAAUCUUCACCAAAAAACAUUGAAUCUGAUGUCUCAAAUCAAACACUUCUUAAAACAACACCUCCUUUAGAAGUGGUAAAAAAGAAAAACAAUUCUGAAGAUAUCGAUGAUUCAAAGCCCAGUACAAGUUCCACACGCAAAACUUCACAGUUGAAGAAACCAAAAAUUCGAAAUGCAGUUAAACAAUCGAAAACGGUUAACCCAGAAGAUAUUAAAUCUAAAGAAGAUAAUGAUGCUUUAUUACCUAGCACAAGUACAAAAACAAAGGAAUCAUUAAAAAUAUCUGAUGCAGAAAGUUUAAAGGCUACGGAAUCAAUUGAAGAAACAGAAAUAAAGCCUAGUAGUACAAAAGCACCUGAUUCCGUAGAAGUAAAAGCAAUUGUUAGAGAAAAAUCAAAAGCUGAAGAACCACUUGUUUCUCAGCAGAGUUUAUCAAACGAAAACUCAGUUUCUUCACCAACUUUAAAGAAGAAACCAAGCUCAAAGAUUCCUGUCAGGCGAACAACAAGUUCCACAAGUCUUAAAUCAAUUGAGAGUACUUCAAACUCUUUGACGCCAACUCCAACAACUGAAUCUUCAAAAUCGCCAUUUAAUUUUGAAGAACAGCAAACUUCUGAAAAAGAUCAAAAAGGUUUCUCAACUGAAGAUGAAGAACAGUAUUUAGAUGUUCAAAGUGCUUCUUCAGAAGAUGAAGAAGAUGAAACUAAUUUCUAUAAUGCAAUUGAAGAUGUAGUAGUUGUUGUUCAACCAGUUACAGCCAAUUUACCAAAUAAUGCAAUAUCAAAAGAAGAUGAAGAUAAUUCAGAUCAAGAACUUUAUAGUAUUGCUGAUAGUGAAGAACCAAAUUCACUCAGCACUCGAGAUCUAAUGCAAUCUCCUUCUUCUGAAAAUGAAGUUCUGCUAAUUCUUGAUAACCAAUCUUCAUCUUCUGCUAUUUUGCAAUCUUCAUCAGCAACAAUAACACCUGUUUCAAGUAGUAAAUCAAUUGAUUUCAAAUAUUCUGAUCCAUCGAAACAAAAUUUAUCAGAACUUGUUGAAGAUACCCAAAGAUUGAUAAAACAAAUGAAAGAAGAAAUCAAUAUUGAUAUGGCUGCUUAUGAUUCUGAAGAUGAAGAUUAUAGUGAUGAUGGAGAUGAUUAUUCAUAUGAAGAUUAUGAAGAAGAAUAUGAAGAAGAUGAAGAUGACGAAGAAGAAGAAGAAAAUUCUGAAGAAUUCAUUGAAGAAGAAGAAACUGAAAAUGAUGAAGAAUAUAGUAAUGCUGAUAUAGGGGAAAGUGAUAAUGAAGAUCAUUUAUUGGAAGAUGUACAAGAAGAAACUGCACAAGACCAGACCGAAAUAGAUGAUAUUCAACUAGAACUUUUUAGCCAUAAUAAGAAAGAACUACAAGGAGAAAUUAUUGUUCAGGAAAACAUUGAAACAAUUGAAGAAGAACUUCAAUCAUUACCACACAUACCAUCUACAGAUCAUGCUUCAUUAGUAGUAGUUGUAGAAAAUUCAGUCUUAACUAAUGAACAGCUUCCAGUCGACACAGAUCUUAAUACAAUUUCAGUAGUUUCAGGUGUUCCUGUUACUGAAGAAGAAAAGUCCACUUCUUCACUUAAUUCUGAAGCAGUUUUGGAAAAUGAUAUUCAAUCUGUGAUUGACAAUGUUGAAAUAACAACUGUUGAUGAUACUUCUGUUGUUAAAGGACUUAAACAAGUUCAAUCAGAAAUGAAGAAGGUUCUUCAAUCUGAACCUCAAAAAUCAGAAAUUACCGAAAUAAAUGAUUCUAAGCCUUCGACCAGCAAUGUAACCAAAUUAAUAGUAAAAGAAAGCAAAGUAGUGGAACAAUCUUCAUCGAAGAAGCUUCUUCACAAAAAAUCUCAAGAAUCACGUCAAAAAUCGAAGAAACCAAGUGUAGCUGAAGAAAAUGUUGAAAACUCGCUUCAAAAUGGUCAACUGGAGAAUUCGUCAUCAUCUUCAUCAACACAAGAAACCCUACAGGAAAAUGACGCAUCUAAAUCAAAUCUGUCAAAAGCUUCAGAAAAUGUGAGAGUCUUAGAAGAAUCAAACCAAUCUUCUACAUCAAGACCCAACCAGGAACGACAAAGUGAAGAACCAAUAAUUGAAGAAUCAAAAUUUCAAACUGAAAUUAAAUACACUGAACCUAGAACUGGUCUUCCGAAGUUCUCCGAACCGACUACUUUAUCAAACUCAUCUAAAAAUGAUCUUCAAUCUGUGUCAAAUCAAGAAAAUUCAGUUCUAGAAGUAGAAGAACCGUCUUCAUCAAGCUUCAACAUUCAGCAACUCCUAGAUGAACAAUUGAAGAUCAACAAUCUAGAAAGUGCAACUACAAAUAAAGAAUCUUCAAUAUCCAACAACGAAGAUCUUCAAACAAAUUCUGACCCAUCUUCAAUAGAAGAACCUAUAACAGAAAUUCGUGAUGAACCAACAACUUCAGCAACUCCAAUUGAAGAUCACAAAGAUCUCCAAAACAAAACUAAGCCGCCUUCAACCAGUCUUGACAGUGAUAAUAUUCCUGGAACUUCAAAUGCACGAAAAUCACCUCCGAAAAAGACAGCCAGUAAAAUUCCGAAACCCAAAACAAACUCAAAACCAAUCCCAGUACCAACACGAUCAAAGUCUUUCUCAGCACCAUCACCAAUUGGAGUGUCUUCAGUUCGUGCCAUUCAACAAGAACUCUUCAAUAAACAAGCCCAACUGGCAAAAACUCCAGCUCCCAGUUUUCAAAAACCUCCACCGCCAAAACUAGUCCGGAAGAAAUCCAUCACCGAUGCAAUAUCUAAAUUUACUCAAGCAACUUCAGAGCAUACCAUUCAAAGGUCCCGUACCCAGCCAAAAAUUCCGAAAAUACCCAAAAAGAAAUACCAUGAGACUUGUUUCAGUGAUGAUGAUUAUCAAGACUCCACAUCGGACGAUGAAGAGCCACCACCACCGGCUGAAGCUCGUUUGAGAAAGCAAAGUGCUCCGGUCUUUAGAACCUAUGCCAGCAUAAUCGAAUUGCAAGUCGAACAGCCUGAGAUCUGUGCUAGGAGACUAAUGGAUGAACAAUUGGUCACAAAUAUGGCCGAGGCUCAAAUUGCAGCUGCACUUGUUGGAAUGAGAUUUCAACAAGAUGUUUCCAUUUGGGCAGCCAAGGAAUGCUGUGACCUAGAACAGGCAAUAUCACUCUUGCAACAAGAAUGUGAGCUGUGCAUGGGUUCGUAUCCCAUGAAUCAAAUAGUUUCAAUGCUCAAAUGCACCCACAAGUGUUGCAAGCAGUGUGCAAAGAAUUAUUUUACAAUUCAGAUUACCGAUAGAAGUAUUAACGACUGCAACUGUCCAUUCUGCAAAACUCCAGAACUUAACGAUCCAAAUGUUCUUGAAGAUGAAAAUCUUGAGUACUUUUCCAAUUUGGACAUUUUCAUUAAGAACAUCGUCGAACCCGAAGUGCACGAACUCUUCCAGCGAAAAUUACGUGACAGGACAUUAAUGCAAGAUCCGAAUUUCAAAUGGUGCAUUCAGUGUUCAUCGGGAUUCUUUGCUAGACCCAAACAAAAGAGGCUGAUAUGCCCUGAUUGUGGUUCGGUAACCUGCAGUCAGUGUCGAAAAACGUGGGAAAAACAACAUGAAGGUCUGACAUGUGAAAAAUUUCAAGAAUGGAAAGACGCCAAUGAUCCCGAAAUCCAAGCCAAGGGCGUUGCUGAACAUUUAGCCAUAAACGGUAUUGACUGUCCGAAAUGUCGUUUCAAGUAUUCUCUAGCUCGAGGUGGCUGCAUGCACUUCACCUGUACACAGUGUAAAUUUGAAUUCUGCUAUGGUUGUGGAAGACCGUUUAUGAUGGGUGCCAAAUGUACUAUUUCACCAUAUUGUUCAAAGCUGGGCUUACACUCACAUCAUCCACGCAGCUGUUUGUUUUAUUUGCGUGACAAAGAACCACACACAUUGCAGAAUUUAUUACUGCAGAAUGAUGUACCGUUUGAUGUAGAUCCAAUUGUGGUUGAAGGAGGUUCUAAGUCGAGUUCGAAAUGUCCCAUUCCAUUGCAAAAAGAAACCCCCAAAGGUUUGGUUGAUACUGUAUGCAAUAGUGAUGUUCAAAAUGAUCAUGCUGGACUUUGUCGUCAACACUAUGUGGAGUAUUUGGCUGGGAAGGUGUCAAAAGCCAGUAUUGACCCGCUACCUAUACUCGAUCUGACCGAUUGCGUACAGGAAUUACGAAGACGAGGUCUGCCCUUACCUGAACGUGGCCCAUGGGAUACAGAUGAGAUUUACAGAGAAAUGUGCUCAAAGGUAAUCAAAGAGAAAAUUCCUCUCUAA